AUGGGUCAUGGAAGAGCCAAUAUGUAUUCUUCGAGAGGCAGUAAUGCUUAUAGUCAGCAAUCUUAUGGUGCCCAAUCUGGCUAUGCUCAAAAUCUGGGAACGGCAUAUUCUGGGAGCUCUGUUGGGGGGCAUGAUGGGGGCUCUCAACAUUCAUUGGCUUCUAGGCAUUCGUCGAUUCUGGGUGGUCCUCAGGAAGCUGAUGUUAGUGGAUACAGAGGCCAUGCUUCGGCCACGGCACAUUAUGGGGGCCAAUAUGGUACUGUCUAUGGCUCAGCUGCCAUGAGUGGUGCUCAACAGGCUCCCACAUCGAGUGUCAAAGGGAGUGGAGCAUUAUCUUUAGAUGGUCGUGGCAACUAUCCCUCAGCGCUGCCCGAUUCUCCCAAAUAUUCAUCUGCUGACUAUGUCUCAUCAUCAAGUCAUGGAUAUGCACACAAAAGCGAUCAAUUGUUUGCAGAGAAGAUACCUGAUUAUCCAGCAAUAGAUAGACGACCAUAUGGUGAACGACAGGGUGCAUAUCUUGGGAGAGACAUGCAAGGUGAUCCAGCUACACGAUAUGCUGAUUCUGUUGGUUUUGGUCAUCAACAUCAGCCUGAGAUAUAUGAACGUAUCGAUCAAGCAUCAAUUCUUAGACAAGAACAGUUAUUGAAACCUCAGUCUUUGCAAUCUGCUGCUCUUGAUGGAGGUUCCAGACAAAUUGACUAUCUUGCGGCAAGAGGUGCUGCUAGUCGUCAUACCACCCAAGAUCUCAUGUCUUUUGGAGGAAGAAUGGAUUCCGAUCCUCGCAAUUCAUCGUUACUUAGUUCUUCUACGUACAGUGGGCAACAUGCUCCAUCGAUAUUGGGGGCAGCUCCUAGGAGAAGUGUUGACGAUCUAUUGUAUCCUCAAAGCUCAUCAAAUCCUGGCUAUGGAGUUAGUUUGCCUCCAGGAAGGGACUACGGUACAGGAAAAGGGCUCCAUGGAACAUCUCUUGAGUCUGAUUAUCACGGUGCUCAUCCAAGGAUUGAUGAGCGCAGGGAUGACAGAGCUAGCUAUCUUCGAGAAUUUGAGCUAAGAGAGGAGGAGCGCUGCCGAGAACUCCUGCGUGAGAGGGAGAAAGAUAGAGAAAGGGAACGAGAUCGAGAAAGGGAAAGGGAAAGGGUAAGGGAACGGGAACGGGAACGGGAAUGGGAACGGGAACGAGAACGGGAAAGAGAAAGAAAGCGGGAAAGGGAGCGCAUUUUGGAACGGCGCGAGAAGGAGAGGGAAAGGGAGCGAGAGCGAAAACGUGGACUUGAAAUUAGGCGGGAGCGAACUCCACCAAGAGCUUCAAGGGAUCGACGCGGUUCCUCUUUGCUGAAAGACGGGAGAUCUUUGCGACGAGAUUCUCCAACCCAUGAAGCUUCACAUAGGCGUCAUUCACCUGUUAAAGAAAAAAGGAGAGAUUAUGUCUGCAAGGAAGAGAGGAAUCUUACAGCUAUUGACUUAUAUGUUAUCGUGGUUGGCACGUCCAGUUUGGUGGCUAUAGAGAGGGAUUAUCUGUCAAUUGAUAAGAGAUAUCCCAAAAUUUUUGCAUCUCCAGAAUUUUCUAAGGUCAUUGUGAACUGGCCAAAGGGAAACUUGAAACUUUCUAUCCAUACCCCUGUCAGUUUUGAGCAUGAUUUUGUUGAGGAUGGUAGUGGAGCAGAACAAAAUGAUCUGUCCACUAUGUGUUUGUCUCAACAACUUCGAAAACCAGAGAAUGGAAGCACUGUUUGGAAUGCAAAGAUAGUUUUGAUGAGUGGACUUAGCAAGAAUUCUCUGGAGGAGCUCUCAUCUGAGGAAAGAUAUGAUGAUCGCAUACCCCAUAUUUGCAAUAUUCUUAGGUUUGCUGUCCUGAAAAGGGACCGUUCUUUCAUGGCUCUUGGUGGACCAUGGGAUUCUGCUGAUGGAGGUGAUCCAUCAGUUGAUGAUUCUGCUUUAGUUCAAACAGCCCUGAGGCAUGCGAAGGAUGUUACUCAACUUGAUUUGCAGAAGUGCCAUAAUUGGAAUCGUUUUCUUGAGAUACACUAUGAUAGAUUUGGCAUCGAUGGUUUCUUUAGCCACAGAGAGGUCACUGUUCUGUUUGUUCCAGAUUUAUCUGAAUGUCUUCCUUCAUUAGAUGCAUGGCGAGAGCAAUGGCUUGCUCACAAGAAGGCUGUUGCUGAGAGAGAACAUCAGCUUUCUUUAAAGAAAGAGAGGGCUAGAGAGAAGAAGGAAGGGGAGAAAGAUAAAGGAAUAGAUUCUGCAAAAGAUUCUAAGAAGUUGGCACAAAAGGAAAAUAUCAAAGAAUCUGCAUCUUCUGUCGUCAGCAAAAAGGAUAAAGACGGAAAUGAUAUAAAAGGUAAAGCUGCUGAACAGAAAAGUGGUAAAAAUGACAGGAAACAUGAGAAAAAAGACGAGCCUGAAACAGCUGAUGAAGGCAAGAAUACAGCUGGUACCCUGAAGUCUGGAAAGAAGAUCAUAAGGAGAAUUGUGAAACAGAAGGUCAUUAAUAAGACAGCUGAUUCUGAGAAUUCUAUCAGCAAAAAGAAUGAACCUCCGGAUGAGGGUGUUGAGGGAAACUCUGGAAGAUCUGAGAUCUCACUUGAGCAGAGUGAAUCUCCUGCUGAUACUUCUGGAGAUAAAACUUUUAGAAAAAAAGUUAUAAGAAAGGUACCAGUGGGAAAAUCUACUCAAAAUAAAGAUAAUGACUUGCAGUCUGAGAUGAAAGCUGAGGACUGCACUGAAGAACCAAAGAAAACUUCAGAUACCAGCAGUCCUGCAGUUACAGAAGGUGCUGGUAUCAAAACAACCAUAAAAAAGAAAAUAAUUAAGAAAGUACUUAAAAGAAAGCUCACUGGUGCAGGAGCCAGUGGUGGGACUGGUGACCUUAAGAAAGAUGACAAAAAAGAUGAGAAAAAGGUUGCAAAGGCUGAGAAGCAAGCCAAUGUGCCUAAUUCAAGUGAGAUCAAGGCUCUCCAGGAGGAUAAGAAGGAUGAAAAGGAAAUUGACCAGAAAAGCAGCUCAGGGACCAAAACUGAAGUUAAGGCUGACAAGCAAAAGAUUUUCCCGAAGGAUAGUCCUAAUAGCAAGGGAGGAAAGUUGAAGGAUGAUGAAAAAUCAAAGGAAGAGAAAAAGGACAAAGACAGAAAAGAUGAGUCCAGGAGCAAAUCAAAUAAAGAAGUUAAGGAAAAGAGAAAGCCUGAAGAACCUCCUAGAAACCCUGGGUUUAUUUUGAAAACAAAAGGCAACAAGGAAUCUAAACUGCGCUCUUUAUCACUUUCACUGGACUCACUUUUGGAUUACACUGAUAAGGACGUUGAGGAAUCAACAUUUGAGCUUUCACUAUUUGCUGAAUCACUAUAUGAAAUGCUUCAGUAUCAAAUGGGCUCUCGUCUUUUGACAUUUCUCCAGGUUGGUUCGUAA